GACAGUUUCCCGCUUGAAUAGUUCUCUGUUUUGUAAACGCGAGGUUUUUUCCGUACGUGUUCAAUUUCUGCUGCUGUCUGCCAAUCACAGCCACUGUCGACCCUUUGUCUUGAUUUACGCUGAUUUACGCAGAGCUUGGUCGUUAGGAAAAACGUGGAAACGUUCAACAGGUUUCUAAAUUAUUUAGAUCUUUUAUUCACUAUUGAAUACAGUACAGGCAGGAUGGAUGAAGAUUGGGACAAUGAUGAUUCGUCAUAUCAAUCUGGCUCUGCAUCAGCUCCAAUAGCUACAGCCUAUUAUGGAAGAAGUAAUCGGGGUGAUAAUAGUGGAAAUAGUAGAUAUAGCACUUCUAACUCUCGCUAUUCAUCUAAUGGGAACGAUAGAUCAGAAGGGAGCUGGAGAAAUAGGGAUCAACGAAAUAACAAUGACAAUCGUCAAGGUGGUCGAAACUAUGAUGGCAAUCAAAAUUCUUUCAAUGGUCAUCAAAGCGACAGAACUCAGGGCCUUGUAAUACAAGUUGACACAAGUAAACUGGGUAGAAUCAUUGGUAAAGGUGGAACUAAAAUAAGAGAAUUACAAGAGCAGACUGGUGCAAGAAUAAAUAUUGAUAAAUCAGGUGGUAAUGAAGAAACCAAUGUAACCUUGGUUGGUUCUGAAGAAGCACAACAAAGAGCUAAAGAGGAAAUUGAAAAAAUUCUCAAAGAUAGAAAUCGAGGACCUGUCACUUCUAAGUCAAAUGAACCAGAGACUCCAAAAGCUGAUAUUGAUUUUUCAACAUUUGACUGGUCAAAAGCUAAUGAACAAUAUGAUGAGUUUCUUAAAGAAAAAUGGUCGAAGUUUCCUCCGAUCAUUAAAAAUUUCUACAGAGAAGACCCAAGCGUUACUAAUAUGACAAAAGAAGAAGUGGCACACUUCCGAAAAACUAACAACAGUAUUGAAGUGUAUCAUGCUUUCAGUGACGAAGGCAAGGAAACUACGACGUGUCAAAUUCCAAAUCCUGUUCAAACCUUUGAACAAGCUUUUCAUGAUUAUCCAGACAUCCUUGAAGAAAUUCGUAAAGUAGGAUUUGAAAAACCAAGUCCAAUACAAUGUCAGGCAUGGCCUAUAUUACUUGGUGGAAAAGAUCUUAUUGGAAUCGCACAAACUGGCACAGGUAAAACUUUGGCAUUCUUAUUGCCAGCAUUGAUUCAUAUUGACGGUCAAGAGACACCAAGAGCUGAACGAAAUGGACCAUCGGUUCUCAUAAUGGCACCAACACGAGAACUUGCCUUACAAAUUGAGAAAGAAGUUAACAAAUAUUCAUACCGUGGAAUUAAAGCGGUAUGUGUCUACGGUGGUGGUAAUCGUAAAGAACAGAUAAACACUUUAUCCAAAGGUGUAGAAAUAGUAAUAGCUACACCCGGUAGACUUAAUGAUCUUGUACAAAUCAAAGCACUGGAUGUGACCUCAGUCACAUAUCUUGUACUAGAUGAAGCGGAUCGAAUGCUGGACAUGGGUUUUGAACCACAAAUUAGGAAGACUCUAUUGGACGUAAGACCCGACAGGCAGACUGUCAUGACUAGUGCUACAUGGCCUCAAGGUGUUCGAAGGCUUGCGCAGUCCUAUAUGAAGGAUCCUUUGCAAGUUUACGUUGGCUCCUUAGAUCUAGCAGCUGUGCACUCAGUGACGCAGACUAUCCUUAUAAUUGAUGACGAGGAAAAGACUGAUAUGUUGCACAACUUCUUCCAAAAUAUGAGCGAGAAUGACAAAGUAAUUGUAUUCUUUGGCAAAAAGACACGCGUUGAUGAAUUAUCCAGUAAUUUGGCAUUGAGUGGAGUCAAUUGUCAAAGUAUUCAUGGAGGUCGUGACCAGCUCGACAGAGAACAAGCUCUGGAGGAUAUAAAAACGGGGGUUGUGCGAAUUCUUCUCGCGACAGACGUUGCAAGUCGCGGUAUCGACAUUGAGGACUUAACGUAUGUGUAUAAUUACGAUUUCCCUCGUGAUAUCGAAGAGUAUGUUCAUCGCGUGGGUCGAACCGGAAGAGCUGGUAGAACAGGAGAAAGUAUAAGCCUUAUGACGCGAGGAGAUUGGUCACAUGCCAGAGAACUUAUAGCCAUUUUAGAAGAAGCUAGCCAGGAAGUGCCGGAAGAGCUUUAUAAAAUGGCAGAGAGAUAUGACAGCUGGAAAGAGAGGAAAGAACGCGAGAAGAUGGACGCUGGUGGUUCUUAUAUUGACCGUGGACGUGGUGGAGGAGGAGGCGGAGGGGACAGAGGUGGUCGAGGAAGACGUGGUGGUGGAGGAGGUGGCGGAGGCCGACAGCGAGGAGGUCGCUGGUAACUAGUUUGGUUACUGUUACUUAAUAUUUCCAAGUUCCUAUAUUUCACAAGUAUCUCAUUCGAAUCAGUAUUUUUUAUCUUAAUGAUAUCUAUCUGUUGUUGUUAGAAAUGAUGUUACCACUAGGUAUAUUUUUAUUGGAUUAUGAGGGAAAGAAGUAGUCUUUUCGUAUUAUUUCAACCAAAGAAUUUUUUUUUUUUGUACAUGCCUAACGUGUAUGCGGUGAAGAUCUUGAAUAAAGUUGACAGAAAAGUA